AUGGCGCCGUUCACAAUCACCAUCAACAACAAGUCCCAGUCUAGUUCUUCGUAUGGGAUAUAUGUAGAACCACCCGGAGUUACGCCAUCAGUCACAUCUACAACCCGGAUCAUCAGUCGGGUCGUAGGAGUGGCUAGCGGUCAAGGCCAGGCUACGUUUGUCCUUUCAAAACAGCUCAUCGCCACAUGCGGUAUCUACGACAUUAGCUCCGACGUCAGCGACCCUCCAGACCCGAAGAAAAAGCCAGUUGGCACAGGUACUGAGGUAGUUGAUCAGCGAUACGUGGAUCUGGGGUCGAAAGAGCUAGAUGGGACACCUGUUCCCGGGUCAUAUCUAGAGGUCGACUGCUCCAGUGGGACUCCAUACUUCUCACGAGCAUCUACCCAUCCAUUGGCUUGUAUUGGAGCCUUUGUCGUCAAAACAAAGCCUGACUUUACUCUGCAGCAGGCCGCUUCCAACAAAUUCUUCAUUGGCUUUAGCUGUUCCGUCCGUCAAGAAAUCGGUUCCUAUGUCACCUUCAUUCCAAGUCCGGGCCAAACAUACGUGAUAAUGCCGUCCAACAAAUUCUACGUUACGAUUGGGGACUUUAAUGUCAGGGACAUCGUCAAAAAACCUUUGAAGACAUCUUCCGACACUGUUCUCAUUGACUUCGAUCAGCUUGCGACCGACCGCGUGUCUCUCGUACACGACGCUUACAAUAACCUCUCCAUUCAGGCCACACCUCCCCUGUCCAGCUACCCAGUCGCGAUGAUGAUGAGCGCUCCCUCUUGGAAGAUCGAAGAUUCGGUCGACCCAACGCCAAUAACUAAUUAUGCAAUUACUGUGCAAGGCGAAGAAGAUAUGACUGAAGAGUCCAGCACGGCGCCUGGCUCUCCUACACCUCAGAGUUCAAUCGUUUAA